AUACUCUGACAUGUUGGCUAGCUACAAUUGACAACUUCUCCAGUGCUAGUCUAGAUAGAAAGCUUUAGAGAGGCAGACAGUUGGUGUCUCUUUUGCUCUGUUGGGAGAGUCUCAGGGGCCACAGAAGCCGUGGCGUUAAGGAAAUGUGUCGUUGCUGUAUGCAGGCAGCAGCUUGACACUUGGUCCAUACCUGAUCCACCUGCUUGUCUGUAAAUGAAGAUGAGGCAGACGUGUAGUUUGUGUUGGAGGACAACAUGCCUCAGGCUGUUGAGCUGCACAUUUGAGUGAGAGAGAGAAAGAGUUUAAUGAAACAUGGAGUUUCUGAAGAGCCUGGUCCCGGCAGUCAUCUCAGGGGAUGGACCCAUUGAGCAUGGGGGAGCGUUGCCCAGGGAGACGGGCCCACGGCUUCUUCGCAUGAAGCGUUUGGGCCUGCUGGCCAUGGGGCAGACCAUUGACGAGGAUCAGGUAGACCCAGCGACUAGCUCCUCCAGGCUUGCCCGACCCAGCCGGAGGCGCCUCAAAGGACACAUCCACCAUAUUAGAAAAAUCUCCUUUGCAUAUGCUGUUGGUGGUGGUGGGGGGCAUGAAGCUUCUGCACCAGUCAGCAGCAGCGUGAGUAGACGCCGUGCCCCCUCUUCGGUGACUCCCCUCUCGUGGGAGAAACGCAACGUUGCCGCCAUGUCGAGCAUCACCAUCGACCCUGAGCUCAAGCCCGGGGAGUUUGUCAUCAAGAGUCUGUUUGCUGAGUUUGCUGUGCUGGCUGAGAAGAAGAUAGAGGUGGUGAUGGCAGAGCCGCUGGAGAAGCCCCUGUCCCGAUCCCUCCAGAGAGGAGAAGAUGCACAAUUUGAUCAGUUAAUAAGCUCUAUGAGCUCAAUAGCGGAACACUGUUUGCCCUCCCUGCUGCGCACACUGUUCGACUGGUACCGGCGGCAGAGCGGUACUGAGGAUGAGUCUUAUGAGUACAGGCCUCGCUCCAGCACCAAGUCCAAAGGAGAUGAACAGCACCGGGAUAAAGACUACCUAUUGGAGCGGAGGGACUUAGCCAUAGAUUUCAUUUUCUGUUUAGUUUCAGUGGAAGUUUUAAAACAGAUUCCUCUUCAUCCAGUGCCAGAUGCUUUAGUACAUGAAGUUCUAAACCUGGCAUUCAAGCACUUUAAACACAAAGAGGGGUACUCUGGCCCCAACACUGGCAAUGUGCACAUCAUCGCAGAUCUGUACGCUGAGGUCAUCGGAGUCCUUACACAGUCAAAGUUUCAGGCAGUGAGGAAGAAGUUCAUCACAGAGUUGAAGGAGCUCAGGCAGAAAGAGCAGAGCCCCUACGUGGUCCAGAGCAUCAUCAGCCUCAUCAUGGGCAUGAAGUUCUUCCGGGUCAAAAUGUACCCUGUGGAGGACUUUGAGGCUUCCUUUCAGUUCAUGCAGGAGUGUGCCCAGUAUUUCCUGGAGGUCAAGGAUAAGGACAUAAAGCAUGCUCUGGCAGGCCUUUUUGUGGAGAUCCUUAUUCCUGUUGCUGCUGCGGUGAAGAAUGAAGUUAAUGUGCCAUGCCUGAAAAACUUUGUUGAGAUGCUGUACCAGACGACCUUUGACCUUAGUUCCAGGAAGAAGCACUCUUUGGCCCUGUAUCCUCUGGUGACGUGCCUGCUGUGUGUUAGUCAGAAGCAGUUUUUCCUCAACAACUGGCACAUCUUUCUCCAGAACUGCCUCUCGCACCUGAAGAACAAAGAUCCCAAGAUGUCCCGUGUGGCUUUGGAGUCGCUCUACAGACUACUAUGGGUCUACAUUAUCAGGAUCAAGUGUGAGAGCAAUACUGUCACACAGAGUCGACUACUCAGCAUCGUUUCAGCACUUUUCCCCAAAGGGUCCCGCAGUGUGGUGCCCAGGGACACACCCCUCAACAUCUUUGUCAAGAUCAUCCAGUUCAUUGCUCAGGAAAGACUGGACUUUGCUAUGAAGGAGAUUAUCUAUGACCUCCUGUGUGUGGGAAAAUCUCACAAAACCUUCACCAUCAAUCCAGAGAGGAUGAAUAUUGGUUUGCGGGCCUUCCUGGUGAUUGCCGACAGCUUACAGCAAAAGGACGGGGAGCCUCCUAUGCCUACAACAGGCGUCAUCAUGCCCUCUGGGAACACCCUGCGGGUCAAAAAGAUCUUCCUCAACACCACGCUCACUGAUGAAGAGGCCAAGGUUAUAGGCAUGUCACUGUACUACCCACAAGUGAGAAAAGCCUUGGAUAACAUUCUGCGCCACCUGGACAAGGAAGUGGGCCGCUCAAUGAGCAUGACGAAUGUACAGAUGUCCAACAAAGAGCCUGAGGACAUGAUCACGGGAGAGAGGAAGCCAAAGAUCGAUCUGUUUCGUACAUGUGUGGCAGCUAUACCUCGACUGAUCCCAGAUGGCAUGAGCAGACAAGACCUAAUAGAGCUCCUGGCCAAGCUGACCAUCCACAUGGACGAGGAGCUGCGUGGCCUAGCCUUCACCACCCUGCAGGCCCUGAUGGUGGAUUUCCCAGAAUGGCGUGAGGAUGUGCUCUCAGGCUUUGUCUACUUCAUUGUGCGAGAGGUGACGGACAUCCACCCCACACUGUUGGAUAACGCUGUCAAAAUGCUGCUGCAGCUCAUCAGUCAGUGGAGGCAGGCAGUGCAGAGCAGCAACAAGAGCCAUGAGACACAGCAGGGCCUUGGUAGUGGUCAGUCUCUGUCCCUGGAGCGUGCUCCUCUGUUAAGUGUGCUGCAUGUGGUGGAGGGCCUAGCUCUGGUGGUGCUUUGCAGCUGCCGCCCUGCCACACGCAGACUGGCUGUCAACGUCCUGAAGGAGGUCCGUGCCCUGCACACUGCACUGGGUAUUGCUAAGGGGGAUGAGGAAUUGGCCAUUGAUGUGAUGGAUAGAUUAAGUGCAUUAGUGUUAGAGAGCUUCAUUCAUCUCACUGGAGCUGACCAGACCAACCUGCUGUACUGUCCCAGUGGGAUUGAUCUUCAGACAUUGGCAGAGUGGAGCUCAUCUCCUAUCAGUCACCAGUUUGACGUGGUGAGCCCCUCUCACAUCUGGGUAUUUGCCCAUGUUACACAAGGCCAGGACCCCUGGGUCAUCAGCCUGUCCAGUUACCUGCGGCAGGAGCACCUGCCCAAGCACUGUCCCACUGCCCUCAACUAUGCCUGGAUGUUUGCCUACACCCGCCUGCAGCUACUGUCUCCACAGGUUGACAUCAAUAGCCCUAUAAAUGCCAAGAAGGUGAACAGUCUGAGCAGCAGCAGUGACUCCUACAUUGGCCUCUGGAGAAACUACCUGAUUCUCUGCUGCAGCUCCGCCUCUUCCUCCCCCUCCACCUCUUCCUCAUCAUCCUCAUCCUCCACCUCGGGCUCCGUCCGCUGCUCCCCGCCUGAGACGCUGGCGUCCACGCCGGACAGCGGCUACAGUUAUGAUUCAAAGAUUGUUGGCACUCCGUCCCCCUCUUCCCUGUUUAAACACGUUGUCCCAAUGAUGCGCUCUGAGAGCAUGGACAUCACAGAGUCUCUUGUCUUGGGUCUUGGCAGGACCAACCCUGUGGCCUUCAGAGAGUUGAUAGAGGAACUUAACCCUAUCAUAAAAGAAGCUUUAGAGAGAAGACCUGAAAACAUGAAGCGGCGCAGGCGUCGUGACAUCCUCAGGGUCCAGCUGGUCCGGAUAUUUGAGCUGCUGGCUGAUGCUGGGGUCAUCAGUCAGAUGGCUAGUGGAGGAUUAGAUGGGGAGAGCCACUCUCUGAACAGCACACUGCUGGAGUAUGUUGAUCUGACCAGGCAGUUGCUCGAGGCUGAAAAUGACAAGGACUCUGAUACACUGAAGGACAUCCGCUGCCACUUCAGUGCACUUGUGGCCAAUAUCAUUCAAAAUGUCCCAGUACACCAGAGGAGAACAAUCUUUCCUCAGCAGUCUCUGAGACACAGUCUGUUCAUGCUGUUCAGCCACUGGGCCGGACCCUUCAGCAUCAUGUUCACCCCACUGGACCGUUAUAGUGACAGAAAUAUGCAGAUCAACCGCCAUCAGUACUGUGCACUCAAGGCCAUGUCUGCAGUGUUGUGUUGUGGACCAGUAGCUGAUAAUGUUGGCCUCUCCUCCGAUGGCUACCUCUACAAGUGGCUGGACAACAUCCUGGACUCUCAUGACAGGAAGGUUCACCAGCUGGGCUGUGAGGCAGUGAUGCUGUUGCUGGAGCUAAAUCCAGACCAGAGCAACCUCAUGUUCUGGGCCGUGGACCGCUGCUACACUGGCUCCCGUCGUGUGGCCGCUGGCUGCUUCAGAGCCAUCGCCAAUGUCUUUCACAACAGGGAUUACCAGUUUGACACUGUGGUGCUGCUGAACUUGAUACUGUUCAAGGCGGCUGACUCUUCCAGGGAUAUCUACGAGGUGGCCAUGCAGCUACUGCAGAUCUUGGAACCCAAGCUCUUCCGUUAUGCCCACAAACUGGAGAUCCAGCGGACAGAUGGGAUCUUGACACCUCCCUCACCUUUGCCACACCUCUACUCUGUGUCCUACUACCAGCUGUCAGAGGAGCUUGCAAGGACUUACCCAGAGCUUACUCUGCCCAUCUUCUCAGAGGUGAGCCAACGUAUUCAGACAGCACACCCUGGUGGUCGCCAAGUAAUGCUGCACUACCUCCUGCCUUGGAUGAACAAUGUAGAGCUGGUGGACUUCAAGCCAUCAGCACGGCGACCAGAAGAUUCUGGUGGUGGUGAGGAUGAUGAAGAUGCACACGACCGGGACAUGAUGAUGGUCAACAGCCGGCGGUGGCUCCGUGGGGAGGGCUGGGGCUCGCCUCAUGCCACGACCAUGGUGCUGAACAACCUCAUGUUCAUGACAGCCAAGUACGGGGAUGAGUUUGCAUGGUCGGAGAUAGAGAAUGUAUGGACCACGUUAGCAGACAGCUGGCCAAAGAACCUCAAAAUUAUCCUGCACUUCCUCAUCAGCAUGUGUGGAGUCAACAGUGACCCUAGCCUCCUGCCCUAUGUGAAGCGAGUGGUGGUUUACUUGGGCAGAGAUAAGACUAUGCAGCUGUUGGAGGAGUUGAUGUGUGAGCUGGAGUUGACUGAUCCUGUCAGCUCAGCUGUCACUCACAUGGACAACCCUCCUUAUUACCGCAUCACCUCCAGUUACAAGAUCCCCUCAGUCACCUCAGGAACAACCUCCAGCAGCAAUACCAUGGUGCCCGGAAAUGAUAGUCAUCAUGACAGCAAGAUCAAAGACCUAAACAUGGAAGACAGUUACACCCACCUGGAUAUCUACAGUGGUCUGAACAGUAACCUGAACCGCCAGCACCACCGUCUGGAAUCUCGCUACAGUAGCAGCUCCGGAGGUUCCUAUGAAGAGGAGAAGAGUGACUCCAUGCCACUUUAUGCUAACUGGAGAUUGAAGGUGAUGGAUCACAACCGGCCAGAGCCCCUCCCCUUUCCUCCUACAGGGGGCUGCUGGUCGCCUCUGGUGGAUUACCUGCCAGAGACCAAUGCCCCUGCUGUACCACUCCACAGGUGUAACAUUGCUGUCAUCCUGUUGACAGACCUCAUUGUGGACCAUGGAGUCAAAGUGGAGUGGAGUGCCUACCUGCACCUAUUACUCCAUGCCAUUUUUAUAGGGUUUGAUCACCAGCACCCUGAGGUCUACGAACACUGUAAACGCUUGCUGCUUCACCUGCUGGUUGUCCAGGGAGCAAACAGCAGCGUCCAGUCCCUGGCGAUGGUGCUUCUGCGCAACAGAGAGUACAAUGACCCCAGGGUCCUGACUGUGAAGCCAGUAGCUCAGGAGUUCAACCUCACAGGUGUGCAGGACUUUUUACCAGAGUAUCAGCCAUCACCCAUGACAGAUUCAGGCCUCAGCUCCAGCUCCACCUCCUCCAGUAUAAGUCUGGGGGCCGGAGCAUCAGCUCUGUCCCACCUCUCCCCCACACUCCUCAAUGAGGUAGAUGUAACUGCUGAACAGGAUGAGAAGGUCAAAGCCCUCAUUGAAUUUGUCACCUCAAGAAAGCGUGGCCCCUUGUGGAACCAUGAGGAUGUGUCCCCAAAGAACCCCAACAUUAAGAGUGCAGACCAGCUUAGUGUUUUUCUCAGACAUGUAGUGACUGUUUUCAAACAGUCCCCGUCAGGUUUCCAGUUAGAGUCAUUGCUGAGUGAAGUAGCCCUUCAAACGGCUCUUUCUUGCUCUUCUCGGCACUACGCUGGCCGCUCCUUCCAGAUUUUCAGGGCACUCAAACAACCUUUGACUGCUGCCACAUUGUCUGAUGUUCUCUCUCGGCUGGUAGAAACUGUAGGCGACCCAGGAGAGGAGGCUCAGGGCUUUGUUAUUGAACUACUGCUGACACUGGAGUCAGGCAUUGACACAUUAGCGGACACAAUGAAAAACUAUGACCUCCUCAAUGCCUUAGCCCAGACCUCUACCCAUGAUCACCUGCUGGGGCCUAAGUUUGCCACCAAUAGGAAAAGUACAGGUCAGCUGAACCUGAACAGUGGUGGUCUGUUCCACUAUGUCCAUAGUCAUCCCCGCAGCAACUCACUUCGUGCCAGCCUGAUGGGUGAGCGAAAAAUCGACAGACGAAGGAGCAACACCUUGGACAUUGCUGACCGACUUGGAGGUAGCCAUGGAAAUCUGGCACGCACGAGGAGCUUGUCAUCAUUACGAGAGAGUGGUGGAGGGGGUCUAGGAGGGGAGGCCAUCCCACCCGUGGACCCCUCCAACCUGAUGGCCACAGUAUUCUGGAUUGCAGCUUCGCUGCUUGAGUCAGACUAUGAGUUUGAGUAUCUGCUGGCCCUGCGGUUACUCAACAAGCUGCUGGGCCAGCUGCCUCUGGACCGAGCAGACAGCAGAGAGCGUCUGGAGAGGGUCCAGGCCAAGCUGAAGUGGUACAGCUUCCCAGGCCUGUUGCAGCUCUUCCUGAAGGGUUUCACCUCUGCCUCUACGCAGGAGCUAACUAUCCACCUGCUCAGUAAGCUCAUCAGUGUCUCCAGACAUACGCUGGUUGAUCCAUCACAAGUAGCAGGUUUCCCUUUGAACAUCCUGUGCCUCUUACCACACCUCAUCCAGCACUUUGACAGCCCCACUCCUUUCUGUAAGGAGACAGCUGACAAAAUAGCCAAGGUCUGUGCAGAUGAGAAGUCAGCCACGCUCUCCAACCUGGCCCACAUGAUGAGCCUGUAUAGCACACACAGCUACUCCCGCGACUGCACCAACUGGAUCAAUGUGGUCUGUCGCUACCUCCAUGAUGCCUUCUCUGAGAUCACCUUCAACUUGGUCACUUACUUGGCAGAGUUGCUGGAGAAGGGCCUUCCUGGCAUGCAGCAGUCCUUGCUGCAGAUCAUCUACAGCCUACUGAGUCACAUUGACCUAUCAGCUGCCCCUGUUAAACAGUUCAACCUGGAGAUCAUGAAGAUCAUCGGCAAAUAUGUUCAGAGCCCAUACUGGAAAGAGGCCCAGUACAUUCUGAAGCUGGUGGUGUCACGCUCAGCCAGCCUUGUUGUUCCAGAUGAAGUGCAACGCUCCUACAGUGCAGAGUCGUCUGGCUCCCCAGAAAUUGCCUUCACACGCAUAUUCAAUAACUCGUCAAAGGAGCUGCCUGGCAAGACUCUGGACUUCCACUUUGACAUCUCAGAGACACCCAUCAUAGGGCACAAGUAUGGUGACCAGCGCACUGCAGCUGGGCGAAAUGGGAAGCCGCAGGUGAUCGCUGUGACAAGGAGCACCUCCUCCACAUCAUCUGGUUCAAACUCCAAUGGCCUCGUGCCGGUCAGUUGGAAGAGGCCUCAGCUCUCUCAGAGACGAACCAGAGAGAAGCUUAUGAAUGUCUUAUCUCUAUGUGGUCCAGAGUCUGGCAUUCCCAAAAAUCCAUCUGUGGUGUUCUCAUCCAAUGAGGAUCUGGACUCUGGCGACCAGCAGACCAGCCUGAUACCAACCGUGGAAGAGGUGGUGAGGGAGGAGGAGGUGCAGGGAGAAGAUGCAGGCAGCGAGCAGCAGUUUGGCGUCUUCAAGGACUUUGACUUCCUAGAUGUGGAGUUGGAGGAUGCAGAGGGGGAGAGCAUGGACAACUUCAACUGGGGUGUGCGACGUCGCUCCCUUGACAGCAUGGACAAAGGGGACACGCCGUCUCUGCAGGAGUGCCAGUACACGGGCAGCACGCCCAGCCUCAACCUCACCAACCAGGAGGACACGGACGAGUCGUCUGAGGAGGAGGUACUGAGCGCUAGCCAGAUUCUCACCCGCUCUGGCCUUCUGAACAGUGACUCUGCUACGGACGAUGCCACAUCCAACCAUGUGGACUCUUUGCAGCAGUCUCAGGAAUCAUCCAGCAGCGCCCUGACUGAGGAAGCAGCCGUCCUGCCCUCUCUUCCCUCCCUUCCUCGAUUGGAUAGCCCCAUCCUGGAGAUGGCUCACUCAGACAGCACCAGCAGCCAGCUGCCUGAGGACGCUGUGAGCAUGACGGCAGCGGACGAACUGAGCAGCAGUGUGAGUGAGGACACAGGAUUUUGCAGUGCCCCCCCUCUGCCCUCUGACCCUCCAGAACUGUGCGACCUCCCAGACUCCCACGAUUCUCAGGACCCCCAGGACGAUCUGGAUCCAGCUCCCCCUCCCCCUCCGGCCAUAGACACCCCACCGGGGUCCCUCUGUGAGGAGGAAUCCCCAACAGCCCUGCCUCUGCCCAUGGCCCCAGAACCAGAUAGCCCCUGUGGCUCAGUGUGCGAGGAAGAUGUGACACUGGCUUUGAAGGAGCUGGAUGAGCGCUGUGAGGAAGAGGAGGCUGACUUCUCUGGCAUGUCUAGCCAAGAUGAAGGUGACGCAGACUGUUUCCCAGAGAUCCAGGCCUCUCCGCCCCCUUCGCCCUUCCUCUCUGCCAUCCUGGCAGCAUUCCAGCCUGUUGCCUAUGACAACGAGGAAGAUGCUUGGCGCUGCCAUGUCAACCAGAUGUUGUCAGAUACAGAUGGUUCCUCUGCCGUUUACACUUUCCAUGUGUUUUCCAGACUUUUCCAGAACAUUCAGAGGAAAUUUGGCUCCAUCACACAUUCAUCAGUCCGCUUCCUUGGGGAAAGGCUGCAGCGAAUGGGUAAUCAGUUCCUCAGCUCCCUGGAGGUUAUGACAUCUCACUCCCAGUGCCCAACUGUGCUGUUGGACGCAGAGACGUUGGUCUCAUGUGGACUGCUGGAGACUCUGAAGUUCAGUGUGCUGGAGUUGCAGGAACACCUGGACACCUACAAUGGCAAGAGAGAAGCAGCAGAGCAGUGGCUGGAGAACUGCAGGAAGACAUUUGGAGAUAAAGACAGUAACCAACGACCCAACACUCAGGCCCAGCAAAUGGAGAAUCUAGCAGAGCUGGAGUUAUGUCGCAGGCUCUAUAAGUUGCACUUUCAGCUGCUGCUGCUUUUCCAGGCCUACUGUAAGCUCAUCAGCCGAGUGGACACCAUCAAGAGAGAGGCAGAGGUGACCAACAUGUCUGAGGAGCUGGCGAUCCUAGAGAGCUGUCUAAAGGAGGCAGAAAGAGGAGGUGAUGGACAAGAGGAUGUGUGCAUAUCGGACUCUGCCCAGACCAGCACAGAGACCGCCAUUCAGUCACUGAUUGAAACCCUGAGGGCCAGAGACUUCAGCUCUGCCCUCACACAGGUCAAAAUCUUCAGGUCUUUGUGGCCCAACGAUAUCUUUGGCAAUGAGUCAGAUGAUGCAGUCCAGACCCUUCUGCACAUCUACUUCCGUCACCAGACGUUGGGCCAGACGGGUUGCCUGGCAGUGGUGGGUCCCAGCAGGGACCUGUCCCAGGCUAGCACCCGCCUCAUGGAGCUCAACCUGCAGAUCCGUGAGGCUCUGAGUCAGGCUCAGGCCUGUCAGCCUCGCAGUACCAUGGUCAGCACUGGACUUUGAGCCUGAUGCACUGCAGGCCCAAGCCUGGACCGGACUGGACUAAAAUAGCCCCCCUCUGCUCUGCUCAGACCUCACCUCUGCUGUAGAGAGCGGGUAGACAGGGAGGGGCUUCGGAGGAGGACAAGAGAGACUCCACCUAUAAGGGCUAAAGGAUGUGUGGGAAUAACUGUGACUCCUAAUAUAUAUUAUUACAUGUAUGAAUACUUAAAGCUAAUAUCUUUUUUCCCAGAAUAAGCCAACUCGCAAAUUCAGCUGCAAUAAGUCAUGUGGUGGUGUGCUUGGUAUUGAGACUGGCCUGGGAAAGAGAGUAAACGAGGACACAGUGGGAUGAUGAAAGAUUUUUUUUGUUUUUGUUUGUUUGUUUGCUUGUUUUGUUUUUUGGAGGAACUGACCUGACGGGGCCUUUCGCACUGGCCAGUGGCCUCUUCAGCCCUGCGCUGGGAGACAGUGUUGAAGCAUGUAAGUCAGUCUGGAGGAGGUGUUGUAUGUGUGAGGACAGACUGUCCUGUCAAGAUUCAUAAGCAAACACAAAAAAUCUAGUUAUAAAAUUUUUCAAAAGCAUGCUUGAAAGAGAAAAGCACUGCAAGAAUAUUUUUUUGAGAAAUGUAUUUUUUAUUAGAGCUAACAUCCUAGGUUGUAAAUGUUAGGAUAUUUAACAUGUAAUUGUAACCCUGGGGGAGCUGUUUGUCCCCAGGGAUUGUAAAAAGAGAAAUAUAUCUGUUUAUUGAUCUGCUUUGAGAGGAGAGUCCCCUUCAACAGGUCGUCACGCAAAACUCACUCUUUAACCAAAUAAGUAGCUGCCUUUAGAGACUUUUGAUUGUGUGGUAUAUAUUGGAUAUUCUGGUAUACACUCACACACAAAUGCAUAUAAUUGCACACAAGUGCAGACUGGCUACAACUCAUUAUGGAAACAUCAAUAACUUAUUUUACUCUGUAUAUAUUUUAGAAAAUGUAUAGUGUAAAACCAGUAUUUUUCCCUUGUACUUUUGUGUAAUGCACUGUUAAUCCGAAUAGGAUGUAUGAAGCUAAUGUGAGAAGAGGAAAGCAAGACCAGAUUUGAGUCAUUAAUGAUCCGCUCCACCCAAUCACACAAACUUCAACAUUUCCCAAAGACUGCCUUGGUUGAUGAUUGUGGUCCAUGUUGCAAAAAGGGGGAGGGGAGGGGGGGGGGGGGGGGUCAGGGGUCAUGUGGGACAGGCCACUUCUCUACCAUGCCAAUGCUGAUGGAGAGGGGUGUUAAUGUAGCUUCUGUCUCCUGUUGGACCGCACCAGCCAAGCCAAGUCAUAUGCAUUCCUUUUCUCCACUGUGAUUGUUCUGUUAGCCCCGCCCCCCCCAGUGAAGGCCCUGCUUUCAAGCCUUAUUAAGGGAGACUGAGGUUUGUGUUUGUCCAUGUUGGCUGAUCCCGUUGCAAAGCAGUUCUCGUCUGCCACAGUGUGAUCCUGUUUUCCUUUGGGAAGCGGCUGCCAUUGAAGCUCUGUGCUUUGAGAAUGGCCCUGCUUGCUGUUGUGACUUCAGGACAUGAACCGUUACCUGAAUGCUUUGUGUCAUGGCACAUUGUAACAAUCACUGUACUCAUUCCUCAGAGAGCUUUUUUUUCUGCUUGUCUGGUACAUUUGAAUGCUGUUCUUAAUUAUUUAAUGGAUAUAUUAUUUACCUGGAAGAUAAUGUUUUAAUGUAGAGGUGCAUUAUACAUUUUCCUUUUUUGUUCACUCAUACCAGCCUUCUCUCUGGAUAAAUAAAACCCUGAUCAUACAGUAA